GUAGGUGAAGCUGGUUGCAAGAUUCAAAGGAAGAAGAAGAAGAUAUUUGUUGAAAUGGAGUACUCACAGUCGCAUGAAGUAUCAGCUGAUGAGGAGGAGGAGUUGAUGGAGAAGAGAAGUUACUAUAUAUUUCCAUGCCACUUCCUUGAAGAAGUCGUCCGGGCUUUUUUCAAGUGUUUGGGCAUUCAGACUAAAUCUCAGGAGGUGAAAGACACUGAUGAAAUAAACCCCGAGAAAAUUACUCCUCCAACCUCAGAACAGCUACUUGAUGGUGCAGUUCCAUCACUUCUGAUGACAUACGGUGAUCCUCCAUCUUCAUCAGCUACAGAAACUGCAGACGAAGCUGCUGAAGUUACAAGGAUAAAGGUGAGCACUCGAGAAAGACCUGGACUAAGCACAGGGGAAGGUGGAAAAACUAAUUGAUCAGUCUCAGUUCUUCUUGUUUAUACACCCUCCAUCUUCAGUGGGCAGAUCUUUGGGUUAACAAGCCUGUUAAUUAAAUAUUUAUAGGUCAUCUCUCUGUGUUUUUUUUAUUAAGUUCUUUUUCCUGUCUUAUUUUUUCUGGGGUCUGCUUUUAAGUUUGUAUGUGAUAUUGUAUUGUGUGAUUGUGUUGUUCGAAAAGAAAUUAUC